AUGUCUUCCGACGACGCCUACGACUCUGUCUCUGCCGCCAAAGCUAACGUCCUCUCUGCAUGCAAUGCAGUAGAAGGCACAGCGUCCCUCGCCGCUUCCUUGCCUCACUUUCUCGCCGCUACCACCAACGUGCAACUCGCACAGUCGGUCACCUCUACCGUGCACGGGGCAGCACGUGUCUUUGAUCUGUCUAUGACAGUGAUCGAAAAGGUGCUUGCCUACUUUGUCAAUUCCUACAAGUCGCUGUUCAUGUGUUUUAUCGAGCUACUCGUGCGUGGGUCGCUCGCGGUGCUCAUCGAAGCGGUGCAGUUGAUCUCACAAGCCAUCACUGCUGCCGCGCAGGGGAUACGCGCAGCAAUUCAGGAGUCGAUCCAAGGCGUCAACGUCAUUCUUUCCACCGCCGUCAGCGCGAUUAACGACAUCGUCGGAGCAUUCGGGCUGCACGUCAACCCGCCUCACAUCACAAUCCCCUCCCUGACAGCACUGGAAAACAUCACCCUUCCACACGAGAUCCAAGACGGCCUGCUCAAGCUCAAUGCCACCUUGCCAACACUGCAGCAGCUCAAGCAGACGCUGGACACACUCAUCCAGACGCCAUUCGAAGAGAUGCGGCGCCAAGUUAACGCUACGCUCGGCGGGUUCGAGUUCAACCACACGCUGCUGCCCGUGCCGCAGAUGCAGAACGUGACGUUUUGCGAUCGAGUCGAUACGCGUCCGUUGGAUGAGUUGGGGGAAGAGCUGAGGCACGCGGCGCGGUGUGGGUUGGUCGUGCUGGCGCUGGUGGCAGUGGUAGUGGUGCUGUUGGGGGUGGCAUGGGAAUGGUGGAAGUGGCAGAGCGAGGUGAGGGCAGUUGAGCGGACCAGGGGUGUUUGGCUUGCCCAGCAUCCCGAAAUUGCCUCAAAGAAGGAGGGGGGUGAUGGCCAGAGCGAUGUGCUCAAGACGGAAAACCUCAUGUCGUUGCUCACUAUCUCUCGCCACCCACUCAUCUCUUCCGUCUCGCUCGCACUCUGCCAACGAAUGGGCAUCACAACACGACAAGACCAACACCGCAUCGCGUGGCUCCUUUGCUUCCUCACUCACCCCGCCUCGCUCGCAUGCAUCCUGACCGGCCUCUUGGGCCUCCUCUCGGUCCUGCUGCAAGCCAUCCUAAUCCGCCGCCUCACCAACCACUACUCGUCGUCGAUCAACACCUCGCUCGCCCACCUAUCGUCCGACGUCAUCGCCGUCGUCAACGAUCACUCGCGAAACGCCUCGCUCGAGUUCUCCACCUCCGCCAACGCGAUCAUCGCGCAGGUCGAAACGCAGCUCAACGAGCACGUCUUUCGAUGGGUCGACACUACGACCUCAACAAUGAAUGCGACGCUCAACACGUUUGUUGACGGCAUCACGGAGAGCUUGGAGAGCACGUUUGGGGGUACGCCGUUCAAUGCACCACUGCAAACGUUCGUGCAGUGCAUAGUGGGACAGAAGGUGGCAGGGAUCGAGCGGGCGUUGACGUGGAUGCAUGACAAUGCGUAUGUCAACUUUAGCUUGGUGCCAGAGGACGUGCUGAUGUUGGGACCGGAGGAGAAGGAGGCCAUGUUGCGGCCGGUGCGUGAGGCGAUGCUUGGUGAUGGGGAUCAUGGCGAUGGGGGUGGAGUGGUGGAGCAUGUGACGGGUCGGUACUUGAAGCAUUUGCAGCAGGAAAAGGUUAUGUUCGCAGCGUUGGUUGGGGUGUACGGGGUGAUAUUGUUGGUUGGGCUGGUGGUGGUGCUGUAUGCGACGAUUGCAGAGCGAGGAGGGGAUAGAGACGAUGUGCACAGCGUUGUCACAGAGGAAAAGUUGAGGGAUAGUCUUCAAGCUGCACCCUCUGCUGCAGUAGUCGGCUGGUGGCGUAGAACCCCAAGGCCCUCGCUAUAUCGCUUCCGUCGACAGCCAUCUCCGCCGUCAAACGAUUCCGUCGAUCCUAUACAGACUCUCAAGAACGUCGCUGCGCGUCGCACCUCGACAGCCCCCUCGAAUCGCUCUGCUUGCACACAUGUCGCCAAAGACAGCAUCUCGUACCCGUUCCAGAUCCCCACUUGCAGUCCUUCUGCUCGACCUCGGCAGCCGGCACCGCUGCGACAGGUGGACUCGAGCGACCGCGAUUCCGUCCUGUCUAUUCGGCAAGAAGGUCCUAUCGAGGUAACGGACGCAGAGGCAGAGCUACGCAGCUCAUGGCUCUCCUUUUUGGCGACUCACUCUCACGGAGAGCAAGCGGCGACAGCAGCCGAAGAAGGAGCACAUGACAGGUUUGAGCGCCUGUUUGGCUGCUCUCCCGUCGCUUCACCUACAACGUCGAAGUUCGACAACCACAUUUCUGCUCCGUCUGCGUCGCGUGGCGAGAAUGUAGAUGCAAACGAGAGGCGGUUCAGGGAGACGCUUGACCUCAGACCGGAACAGGAUUGGAUCGGGUCCAAGAGCCCUAUUCCACCAUCGGCGGCGAGCCAACAGACAACGGACGUCGAGCUUGUAGGUUCCAGUAACACGACUGAUGCGCAGAUGAAACAUGCUGAUGAAGGCAGCUAUGCUUUUGCCAACACGAAAAUGCCUCAGAAUCGGCCGCUACAAUCGCUACAGCAGCAGCAGAGGUGGAUUGGAUCUCCGCAGUCAAUCUCAUUUUACGCUUGGUAG